AUGACAGACCCCAAAAAAAUGAUCAUCAACUUGGCCCUCUUUGGCAUGACUCAGAGUGGAAAAAGUUCUGCUGGGAACAUUCUACUGGGAAGCAAUGACUUCCAUAGUAGCUUUGCUCCAUGUUCUGUGACCGAAAAUUGUAGCCUAGGUCGCAGUUGUCAUCUUCACAACUUCAUGCGACGAGGGGGUCAAGAGAUAACCUUGCAGGUCCAGGUGUUGGACACUCCAGGAUAUCCACACAGCACCCUGAGCAAGAAACAUGUGAAACGGGAGGUCAAGGAGGCCCUGGAACAUCACUUUGGGCAAGAUGGUCUUCACUUUGCACUGCUGUUACAGAGAGCAGACGUGCCUCUCUGUGGACAGGAAGCACUGUCCCCAAUCCAGAUGAUCCAGGAACUUCUGGGACCUGCUUGGAAGAAUUAUACUGCCAUUCUUUUCACCCAUGCAGAAAAAAUACAAGAAGCUGGGCUCACUGAAGAAGAAUACAUUCAGAGAGCUUCUGACACACUGUUAACUUUACUAAAUUCUAUUCAUCACAGACAUGUUUUCCAGUAUAAAAACAGAAACUCACUUAAUGAACAAAGACUACCAAUCUUAGAAAGAAUCAUGGAAUUUAUAAAAGAAAAUUACUACCAAGUUCUUACAUUAAAAUAA